AUGUUCGGGAACAAGGGCAAAGGCAAGACCGUCGAGCAAAAAGCCGCCAAGGGGGAGCUGCACCCCUUUCUCCGAGGCAACUUCACCCCGGUCGUUGAAGAGUACAUUUCGCACAUCUGCGAGAUUGAGGGUAGGGUGCCUGCUGAGCUCCUGGGGGGUCAGUAUAUCCGCAAUGGGGGCAACCCUAUCUACCCGCCAGAAAAGGGACGGCAUUAUCACUGGUUCGACGGUGAUGGAAUGCUGCAUGGUGUAUUGUUCCCCAAGGACCCGUCGUCCCCGCCAACGUAUACGAAUAGGCACCUCGCUACUCCCAUGCUUUCGCUCGCGCUCAUCCUCCUCCGCUCGCCCGUUCCCUCCAUCGCCCUCCUCAUCUCGCCCUUAUCGUCCUUACACCGCCUAGCCAAGGCGCUGACCGAGGCGGUCUUCCUGCUUAUCCGGGCGAGGAUGGGCGUGCUUAGUGUGGCGAAUACGGCGGUGGUAUGGUGGGGCCAGGGAAUGGGGAGCGAGGCGGCCGAAGAACUCCGGGCGGAAGUCGCGGCCGAGAAGCUCGAAGCGGAGAAGGCAGGCGGGAGUCGGCCGAAUCUUAGGCGAAGGUUGACGAAUAAGGGGAUGGGUUAUAAGCGGGAUCAUCGGCUACUGGCGACGUGUGAGAGUGGGCCGCCGUUGGAGGUCAGGGUGCCGGAGCUGGAGACGGUCAGGUGGGAUAGGUUGGAGGAUACCCAAGGGGAGAAUUUGAAUACGAAGAGGGGCAAGAUGGGGUGGAUGUCUCGACUAGGCCUGUCGGCAGACUGGAUGACGGCUCAUCCCCGGGUCGAUCCCGUCGACGGCUCGCUCCUCUUCUACUCGACACCGAUGUUUGGCUCGCCACAUUUCCUGUACUCCGUCAUUGACAGGAAAGGAAAUCAUCUUGUAUGGAAAGCAGGUGUCGACGUCGGCCGGGCUAAAAUGAUGCAUGAUUUCGCCGCCACGCGAACACAUACAAUCGUCAUGAACCUCCCCCUCACCAUGUCCCCGGCCAACUUCUUCGAAUUCCCCCCUGUCCCCAUGAUCCACUUUGACCGCACCCUCCCUUCCGAAUUCAUCGUUUUCCCCCGGCUUCUCGGUUCCUCCGCCACUCCACAACGUCCAGCCCGCUUCAUCGACCCCGAACCCAGCAUGAUCUUCCACUCUGCAAGCUCAUGGGACGAGCCCGACUCUACCGGCAAGAUCAUCGCCGUCAACAUGCUUGGCUGCCGGUUCCGGUCGGCCAAGCUUGUGUAUACCGCAGGCGCAGUGGAGGUGCCCAAGGCGGAAACGAUGUUUGGGGACGAUACCGUCAUGCUUCAUUAUCACCGCUUUCUCCUUCCGCCCGACUAUACGACCUCGCCCGACCCAGAUACAAAAGGCACCAUCACGCACUCGUUCCCCCUUUCCCCUAUCCCGAUCGAGUUCCCCUCGACACACCCGGAUCUCGAUAUGCAGGCGGGGCAGUUCGUAUACGCCUGCACGAUGCGCGAAGGGACAUUCGACGAGCGGUUAGGUGGAGCAGCCAAAGUGGACGCAUUGGUCAAGGUGGAUGUGAGGGAGUUGACGCGGCGAGGGCGGGAAAGAGGGGAAGGGAAAUCAAGGGAUCCGGUAGAUCCGAGAUCGGCACCCCAGAUUAUGCGGGAUUGGAAGGAGGGCAGAGGCGGUGCGAUUGAGAUCUUCCCAUUGCCCGAAGGCUGGUUUGCGCAGGAACCAAGGUUUGUUCCGAGGCAGAACCCGACGUCGGAGGAUGAUGGAUAUUUGCUCACUUAUGUGUACGACGAGCGGAAUCUGUCACCUGAGGGCGAACCUGCGAUGGGCCCUGGGACUGGAUCCGAGCUUUGGGUUAUCGACGCCAAGCGGAUGCAUGAAGGUAUGGAUGCUGUGGCAUGUCGAGUCAAGCUUCCUCAGCGGGUCCCAUACGGGUAUGUUUCCCGUACUGAAUCACAGCUGUGA